AUGGUUCUUCAAUUGUACACUGAUUGGCUAUCUGAACCAUGCCGUGCUGUAGGUAUUUUACUAUUGGAAAACAACAUAGAACAUGAAGUUCAUGAACUGGAUGUUCUCAAAGGAGAAACACACACGGAUUCGUAUAAGAAAAUUAAUCCUGUUGGGAAAAUUCCAUCAAUUGUGGACGAUGACGAGUUUAAUCUAGGCGAGUCUCAUACAAUCAUGCGUUAUUUAUGUGAGAGCAGAAAUUUACCUGAUCAUUAUUAUCCCAAGGAUAUAAAACAACGUUGUCGAGUUGAUUUUUGGUUGGAUUGGCAUCAUACAAACUUACGGCAUGCAGCUCUUCGUUUAAUAAGAGCAAAUGUAUUUGGUCCGAUGAGAAAUCUUCCUCAAACAACGAUCGAUGAGUCACGAAAAGAAGGUGAAACUGCUUUACAAUCAAGUUUGACCUUUAUGGAAGAAACGCUUAGUAAAAACGAUUAUCUUGCUGGUGGAAAACAAUUAUCAAUCGCUGAUAUCGCGUUGGUAUGCGAAGUGGCGAUGUUUCCAGUUUAUGGAGCUUCGACUGAUGGUUAUCCACACGUUGAAACUUGGCUUAAACGACUUUCAACAGAAAUCAAAUGUUGGAAUCAAAUUAAUGCUAAAUUGGAUCAGUUUCUUGCUUCAAAAAAACAAUAA